CUAGAAGGGAGGACUUUGGGGAGGGGUGCCAAGGGGGGGUGGAAAGCUCGAUCGCUGCAACCAAGCGGCACAAACCACCAUGCAGCUGGUGUUAUGGGCGGUAGGAUUAAGCACGCUACUCCUGCAAGACUUCUUGAAUAGAGCCGGCGCAGCAACAGCAGCAGCAGCAGCAGCCAGAAAGCAAGGGAGGCAUCUCCGACAAGCCAAACUGCUGGAGACGCUGAGAGAGUAUGAGAUUGUGAUCCCGACCCGUGUGAAUGAGCUUGGAGAACCGUUGCCUACAAAGGUGCACUUUCAGAGAAAGAAACGAAGCCUUCGUUCAGAAGCUCAGCCUUCGAUUCUGGAUGCUCCCUCUUCUCCCAUCGCCUCCUCUUCUUUCAGUACCACCCAAGUGCAUUAUAGACUGCAAGCCUUCGGGCAGCACUUCGUUUUCAACCUCACGGCCCAUUCGGGAUUUAUUGCCCCUCUUUUCACCGUCAGCUUCCUUGGACAACCCGAGGUUAACCAAACAAACUUUUACACCGAGGAGGAAAGUGAUAUUAAGCACUGUUUCUAUAAAGGACAUGUCAACACGGAGCCCCAACAUACAGCAGUCAUAAGCCUGUGUUCUGGGAUGUUAGGCACAUUUAGGUCUCAUGAUGGAGAAUACUUUGUAGAGCCUCUCAUACCACCUGAUCAAGAAGAAUAUGAAGAACAGCAUAAAAAGCCACAUAUUGUCUACCGACAUAGUGUAUCACCACCAUUCUCACCAAGGAACAAGCAGACCUGUGACAUUUCAGGUACUUUCUGUUUAUAUUUUCUCAAGUCUUUGGUCUGAA